AUAAAAUAUAUAAUAUACACUUCGUAUAGCGGCGACCAAGUGGACCACAGGGACCAUAAAGGACCACUCUCUCCCCACCACAAUACGUCCUUAACUUGCUUACAGUACCCCACACAUCGCCAGCUUAAUCGUCAUUGCUGCUCAUCGUAAUCGUCAAUCCGUCUCAUCUCAUCUUUUUGUAUCUUUUGUCUUUUGUCUUCUGUCAAAUCUACUUCUAAUUGUGUCUAUUUCCACCUGCUUACUUUCCUUUCUCCCUCACCGUCCCGCCUUUGUUGACUUAGACGGCGGGUUUGCUUGGUACGGGGACGUUCGUUCCCACGUAAGACCGCCGACAUCUCCACAAUCACCACCACCAACACCACCAACACCAACAAAAACAACCCGCGCCGUACAACGACCACAAACUAUAGCCACUGCAAUUGCUGUUGGUUCUACAAUAUCGAACACGUUCCUGCAUCUACAAUUCCCAUUUCGUGCCUGCAACGGGUAUAAUAGGGUGCUCAUAGUCAGUAUCGUAUUUGAACAUACAUACACGCAAUUGUCUUGGGCCCCACGCGCAACAUCUCUUCUAGACCUGCCCCCAUCUCCGAAACUCGCCAUAUUGCGAAUAAUCCGUGCCUGUAGGCAUUAAGUAAAGAAUUCAACACGCUGGCAGGCAAACAGAGGAGGAGCUUCUCCUCCCAGGGGGGAUUGCUGAACAGGAUGUUCGGCAGUAGCUCCAACUCACCGUCACCUCCAAAGGAUACCUUGCAGGAGGAGCCCGAUAGCGGGACCACCAUCCCACCAACAACCUCGACCGAGGCCAGCACAUCGCCCAUAGAUUCGACAACCCCGUCACCACCGGCUUCCGAGAAGAUACCCAUCAAAGACAGGCGUGGUGGGAGUAGCCCAGGAAACGGGAGGCCAUCGCCGGAUAAGGAUACUGCUGCGGGGGCUACUGAGAAGAAGCGACGAAGCAGCGGCGUUGGAAACAAGGCAAGCGCGUUCCUCGCAAGCGCAAAGAACUCGCUGCACUUUAGCCCCAGCUCCAACUCUUCGAGCUUCCGGGUUCUCAGUGAUCAGAACAUGCAAACACCCCUUCAAAAACUGGGAAGAAUGGACGCAGCGCUCAGCGUGCCGCAGGGCGCGCACAACAACUCGGCGGGCGAGUCUCUUCCUGGACCAAGGUCUACAUUCAAAGUCGGGGUCUGGGAGGACAAGAACAAAAAAUGUCGCAGGACUAUGGAGGAUACGCAUGCAUUUCUGUACAACUUUUUGCACACACCAGCGCCUUUCGUACAUAGUAAACUGGACAACCCAAAAGUCACGGCGGACAACACAAAGAAUGACCCCUCUACGGAUGCGCCCUUGACGGCGUCUGCCUCCGAUCUGGAGCCGGACAGCACCACUUCAAAAACAGCUUCAGAUAUGAUGGAAACCGACAAUGGAUACUUUGCCAUUUUCGAUGGCCACGCUGGAUCCUUUGCUGCAGAUUGGUGCGGCAAGAAACUACACAUCAUCCUCGAGGAAAUGAUCCGAAAGCACCCCAAUACACCGAUACCAGAAUUGCUCGAUCAGACCUUUACAAGUGUGGAUCUUCAGCUUGAAAAACUGCCUCUCAAAAACAGCGGCUGCACAGCUGUGGCGGCCGUUCUUAGAUGGGAAGACAGGAUACCCAACACCCUCUCGGCGACGGGAUCUACAGCCAUCGCGCCUGCCACUUUAGCUGCCGUCAAAGCAGCGGAAGAUUCAACCACCAUAAUAGAGGAGAAAGCCACGGGUGUCCAGGAAAACCCGGACAGGACCAAAGAACUUGCCGCAGCAGUAGAUCCAGCUGCAGAUAUAGCAUCAUCUGCUCAGUCCGGUUUGACCACCACCGAAGCCGCACACGCGAGGCUGAAGUCCCAAGCUACGCGCCAGCGAGUCUUGUAUACGGCGAAUGUUGGAGAUGCCCGUAUCGUCCUUUGCCGCAAUGGAAGAGCGCUACGUCUGUCUUAUGAUCAUAAGGGGAGCGACGAAAACGAGGGAAAGCGUAUUGCUAAUGCUGGAGGUAUAAUCCUGAAUAACCGUGUCAACGGUGUCCUUGCUGUUACCCGCGCACUCGGAGACGCAUAUAUGAAAGAACUUGUCACAGGCCACCCGUAUACGACCGAGACAGUCAUCCAACCCGAUCUCGACGAGUUCAUCAUUCUCGCCUGCGACGGUCUUUGGGACGUCUGCUCCGACCAAGAUGCCGUCGACCUAGUCCGCAACGUGCAAGACCCCGUCAUCGCCUCCAAACAACUCGUCGACCACGCCCUCGCCCGCUUCUCCACCGACAACCUCUCCUGCAUGAUCGUGCGCCUCAACAAAUCCGCCCUCCUCGACACAGCCAACAACCACCUCUCCUCCAUCGGCGUCGAAGGCGACCCGAUCGGCGGCCCCGGCCGUCUCAGCGAGGCUGACAAGAUCGUAGCGGAGGUAAAACGCAAGGCUGAGGAGGAAGGCGUGCCAUUUUUGGGCGUCUCGGGCAGUAAUAGCGGGAAGGGGUAUGACCAGCCCAAGUACGAGGAUGGGGCUGGUGCUGCGAAGAACGCGGGUAUGGAGAAGGUAGUUGAGGAGGAAGCUGCGGCGGCGGCGCCAGCGCCGGUGGUGGGUGGGAAGACCGCGUUGCCUGCUGGGGGAACGGAUGUUAAUGUGGGUGUGUUGGAGACGACGUCGCCGGAGGAGUCGGCGGAUAUACGUAAAUAGACUGGGCGAAGGUUUGGUGACUGUUUAUACACUCUCGCUUUUUUCACGACAUGCACGAACUUUCGAUGGUGGGACUUUAUGGGCAGAUUAUCGGAAACUUUUUUAAGGGGGGUUUCACGGCUAGGCCUAGGGUAGUGGAUGUUUAGAGAGAGAACCCACCCAUCCCUCUACAUUUUUCUAUGCACGGCGAAAACAUGGGUGCGGGGAUAUAUUAUGGGCGAAGCAGGAAGAGAGGGCUGUUGUUGUUGUUAUGUGUGAUACGAUUCGUGUAGGAGUUUGCGGGAGGGGGUCAUCGAUUGGUUUUGCUGAACGAAGAAACGAGCAUGAAUUCAACUCCUUUUUCCUUUUGUUUUUUACAAGAGCAUGGUCUAGGUGCGUUUAUGAGAUAGAUUAUGCAAAUGUCAGUUUGCUUUUUUGAAAGGCUUGAGCAAC